CACUUCAUUCAACCCUCACACACACCCUCACACCAAAACUUCUCUCUCUCUCUCUCUCUCUCUCUCUCUCUCUCUCUCUCUCUCUCUCUCUCUCUCUCUCUCUCUCUCUCUCUCUCUCUCUCUCUCAUAAUUCUUAAUUAUCAUCACCAAAUCAAAUUCAAAUCUCAUGUUAACAGAUUAAUUAACAUGUUCAACGAGUUAACAACAGGGAGCUAUAGAAUUCCAUGGUUGAUUUGGAUUCAGUUAAUUGUUCUUAUUCUCCUUUUUGCACUUUUCUAUUUCUUCACUAUCGUUUUCGAUGAUGACGCCGCCACCGUCUCCGCCUUACCAGAAACCUCAUCCGCCUCUACUAAAGGCUUUUUGUUUGAGGAGAUUCAACAGAUUGACAAUGACUCAAUUGCCCCUGUUUCAACUAACCGUCAACACCAGAUUACGCUGGAGGGUGGACGGAACCGAAGUAUUAAAGGCGAGAAAGGAUGUUCUUCAAGCAUGAGAAGCGGAGAGAUUAUGGAGGCAGGAGAGUCUUCAACAAAACUGAGUUUCCACCCUUGUCAAUUCUUCCAAUCCGCCACAGUAGCAUUUCUCAAAUGUUUUGGCCUCGAUUCCACUUCUGAUGAAACUUCAUCAAACCGGAAACGUAGAAAAAGAAAAGAAAGUUGAUUAUUAUCAAAAUUAUGCUAUUGUAAACUAUUGUAAAUGUAAAUUUCAUUGGUGGAAUAAAAAGAAGGGUUGUUUCAAAGAA